AUGGUCAGCCAAAAUCGCAAGAUUUUAUUGUUCGUUGACAAUUGUACGGCUCACAACGGACGUCCAGAUCUGAGUCACGUGAAGGUAGAGUUCUUCCCCGCAAACACAACUUCUCAGCUUCAGCCACUAGAUAAGGGAAUCAUAAAAAAUUUUAAAUCUUUCUAUCGCAAUGAAGUCGUAAUGCAACUCCUAGACAGCAUUGAGGAUGAAAAGGAGCACAAAAUUACAAUCUUGCACGCGAUGAACAUUGCUGACAAAGCCUGGGAAAAUAUUAGCCAGUCCACGAUUCAGAACUGUUUUCGAUCUUGUGGUUUCGACAAAGGACCAUACUCGUCAGUAAGUGAAGAACCAUGCAUUGAACCCAACGUAGCCGAAUGGAAUCGCGUUCCUCAAGAUGGAGAAAAUCCAAUCAGCUUCGAUGAAUACGUUCACUUUGACGACAAUGUGGCUGUUGCAGGCAUACAAACGGAUGAUGAGAUCUUGGGAUUUUCGCAAGAGGACGACGAAGUCAGCGAUGACGACGAAGUUGAUAUCCCCCCGAUUUCUUCCAAAGAGGCAAAAAAUUGCAUUGACAAUUUACGCCGUUAUUUUUUGGGUACAGAUGUUGACGACGAUGUGUUUUCAGCAAUUGUGACGCUAGACAAC